AUGGGUGAGAACCCAUGGCAGCCUCUUCUCCAGACCUUCGAGAAACUAUCAAAUUGCGUCCAAACUCAUCUCUCCAAUUUCAUCGGCAUCAAAAAUACUCCUCGUUCGUCAUCCACCAUCUCAUUGGACUCUUCCCCACCAAUCGCGACCAAUAGUUCCAGUCUUCAGAAACUUCCCAUCAAGGACAAGUCUACAGGUCCUGUGACUAAGGAGGAGCUCGGGAGGGCUACUUGGACAUUUCUGCACACUCUUGCUGCGCAGUAUCCAGAAAAACCAACAAGGCAGCAAAAGAAGGAUGUUAAAGAACUGAUGGCGAUACUUUCUCGAAUGUACCCUUGUAGAGAAUGUGCGGAUCACUUUAAAGAAAUCCUAAGAUCGAAUCCUGCGCAAGCUGGAUCUCAGGAGGAGUUCUCGCAGUGGAUUUGCCAUGUACACAACACCGUAAAUAGAAGUUUGGGAAAAUUGGUGUUCCCUUGCGAGAGAGUGGAUGCAAGAUGGGGCAAAUUAGAGUGCGAGCAGAGAAGUUGUGAUCUCCAUGGAACUUCUAUGGACUUUUAG